CCUUAAAGUGUAUCACUGGUAAGCUGGGACAUUCAAGGAAGCUGCUCCACCCGAACAAAAGGAUGGAAAAUGAGUGCACGUGACUUUAGCGGACCAAGUUAAAUUCUGCAGUGCAAAAUACGAUGACGUGUACUUUUCAGAUUUCACGAAGUGGUACACUGACUCCGGACUUUCACCAAAGAAACACAGCAUCGACGGAAAAUGAUCCCUGGCUAUCCUCAACACCCGGGUGGUGUUCCUCCUCAAAUGAUGCAACCUGUACCACAGCAGGUGCAGCAGCAACCUCCGGCAGGUCUUCCACAAGGAGCUCAAUUACAAUACCGGAAGCGACCCACCGGUGAUGGCGAUUCGCUUGCUAGACACAUCAAGAAAAAGAGACCAACCGAACGAAAUAUGCCAGCAAAGAUCGACACUUUCGUUCCAGAAUCCAAAGUGUACACUGAAUUGUGCGAGUUUGAGAAGAAGAUUGAUUCGAUUAUUAUGCGCAAACGAUUGGAUAUUCAAGAGGCAGUGGGCAAACCAGCAAAGACUAUGCGAACGCUGCGAAUCUUCGUGUCGAACACAGCCUCCGAUCAACCUAUGCAGCAGCAACAAAAUGAUAUGGAUGAUGAUGGCAUUGAUCUAAGCAGCGGAAGUGCACCGUCUUGGACAUUACGGAUAGAAGGCAGACUGCUUGAUCCACCAAUUCCUACCAAAAAAGCACAACCGGUGCAAAAGUUUACGUCGUUUUUCAGAUCAAUUGUGGUCAAGCUUGACCGCGAUCCUAAUAUGUAUCCUGAAGGAAACAUCAUUGAAUGGCACAAGCAGCCAGGCAAUACGGAUGAUGAUGGCGUGGAGAUAAAGCGUAAAGGCGACACAACAGUGAACGCACGCCUUUUGCUUGAGAUGGAUUAUAAUCCACCAAAGUUCAAGUUGAGCCCUGUUCUCUCAGAAAUGCUAGACAUGAAGUUGGAGACUCAGCCUCAGAUCAUGAUUGGCAUAUGGAAGUAUAUCCAGCUAAACAAAUUGCAAGGUGCAGACGAUAAGCGACUUGUGCAGUGCGAUCAGAAAUUGCAACAGCUCUUUGGCGCCUCCCAAGUCCAAUUCUCUCAUAUUCCGACUCUUAUUGAGCAACAUUUGUCACGUCCUGACCCCAUCGUAAUUGAUUAUACUAUCAGAGUUGAUCGUGAAUUCCAUCAAUCACGAAAGGCAUUCGACAUUGAUGUGGAAUUGGACAGCUUGUUGAAGCAGAAGAUGAUGACGGCUGUGGCAGGCACCAACACACAAAAGGAGAUUCUGGCACUGGAUGACAAGAUCGUUCAAUGCGUGCAAAGUAUCAACAAUUCUAAGAUUAAGCGAGACUUUUUGCUUCAGUUUGCUCAAUCACCAGUGGAAUUUAUCAACAAAUGGAUUGCAAGUCAAGCGCGAGACCUGGAGAUUAUCCUGGGUGAAAGCCAAGUCAACUUAGAGGAGAUGCGACAGAGCGAUUUCUAUAAACAAGGCUGGGUUAAGGAGGCUGUUAUGCAUUACCUUACAUCCAAAUCUCAACAACGUUUACAAGAAUUAUUGAACCAACAGCAUAGACCUCCCCAAUAGUUUUUCCAGUUGAACACAACACGUGUUUUGGCUCUUCUUACCCCUUUCAUUAUGUACAUUUCAUACUGAGAU